UACUAACACCUUCCAAGAAAAGAAAAAAACCAAAACAAGAUAUGUCUCAAUGCAACACCCACUUUGAUCUCCAAGAGCAGAUUUGCUAUGUACAUUGUAGCUUCUGCAACACCAUUCUAUUGGUUAGUGUUCCAUGUAGCAGUUUAUUUAAAGUUGUUACUGUGAGAUGUGGUCACUGUGAAGGCCUCCUUUCUGUAAACAUGAUGAGAGCUUCAUUUCUUCCUCUACAUGUCCUAGCUUCACUCAACAAUGCUUCCCUCAUUGAUGAUGAGCAAAGGAAAGAAGUCUGUAUUGAAGAAGUGGAGCCUCUGAAAGUUUCAGAUGAGCAAAGCUCACCAAUGACCUCUUCUGGCAAUGAUGAAGAGAAAAUACCCACGAACCCGAUUGUUAAUAAGCCCCCAGAGAAGAGGCAACGAGCUCCAUCGGCAUACAAUCACUUCAUUAAAGAAGAGAUACAGAGGCUUAAGGCUAGAGAACCCAAGAUCACCCACAAAGAAGCCUUUAGCACAGCUGCCAAAAAUUGGGCUCAUUUCCCUCGAAUUCAGUACAAAAGAGAUGGAGAAAGCUGCAGCCAAGGAAAGGGAAAAGUGACAAAGAACCCGGAUGUUGACGAGGUAAAAGCCUCUUCAUGAAAGUAAACUCUUAAGAUCCAACCAAGAUCAAGAAAGCUUGGAUUUUGUGAACUCAUUUACAAAUCAA